AUGUUCAUCCGAUCGCAAGCCACCAGCCCGGUUCCUGAUGACGGCAAACCGCGACCGAAAGCCCUCGCGCGCCAGCCCUCGGAGAAGAAAUCCCCCGCCCCGUCCGCACGGCAGGCCCCGAACGGCGCCAAACCGGAUGAACCGCACCGCCGCUUCUGGGUCGCUGAUGACGGCGCGCAUGAGCACCUCCUGCGCGUGGCCAAACGGCAGCAGAAGCUGAAGGACGUGCUGCGCAGCUGGUUCGAUAAGAAGGACGGGCACGCAGAAGACCAACCGCCUAGCCUGAUGGCGGACUGGAUCACGCAGAAGCGAAGCGAGCAGGAUAAGGCACCGACGGACAUGAAGGGGGGCCCGAUGCAGAGCCACACGCUAGUGCAGAAAUACGGGAAGUGCAGCGAGAUCAUCGGGCACGGGGCGUUCGGCGUGGUGCGUAUCGCGCACAAGGUCGACGUCAAGGAUCCGAAGCGCGAGCAGCUCUUCGCCGUCAAGGAGUUCCAUCAACGGCCCGGCGAAUCCGACAAGCGCUACCAGAAGCGCCUGACCUCGGAAUUCUGCAUCUCCUCGUCCAUGCAACAUCCCAACGUCAUCCAAACCCUCGACCUCCUCAAAGACGAGAAAGGCGACUACUGCGAGGUGAUGGAAUACUGCGCCGGCGGUGACCUCUACACGCUCAUUCUCGCCUCCACGACCCUCGAGGUCGCCGAAGCCGACUGCUUUUUCAAGCAGCUCAUGCGCGGUGUCGAAUACAUCCACGAGAUGGGCGUCUCCCACCGCGACCUUAAGCCCGAGAACCUCCUCCUCACCCAGCACGGCGCCAUCAAGAUCACCGACUUCGGCAACGGCGAGUGCUUCCGCAUGGCCUGGGAGAAGCAGGCCCACAUGACCGCCGGCGUGUGCGGCUCCGGCCCGUACAUCGCCCCGGAGGAGUACGUGAGCGAGGAGUUCGACCCGCGCGCCGUGGAUGUGUGGGCGUGUGGCGUCAUCUACAUGGCGAUGCGCACGGGCCGGCAUCUGUGGCGCGUGGCGCAGAAGGGAGAGGAUGAAUUUUUUACCCGGUAUUUGGAGGAUCGGAGAGAGGAGUCGGGAUUUCGCCCGAUCGAGGUGUUGAGACGGGCGAAAUGCCGGAACGUCAUCUAUUCAAUCUUGGAUCCGAAUCCGACACGGCGGCUGACGGCGCAUCAGGUGCUGUUGUCGGAGUGGGUGAAGGACGUGAAGAUUUGUGUGUCCGGGGAGCAGGGGUUCUGA